AAAUUUGAAAUUUGUUUUUGUAACUGAAAUCGUUUAUCGUUGUUGCAAGUUUAUUUUGUGGUUUAAUUUGAAAGUUUUUGUUGCGUAUAUAAAUAUUAUACAAUCUCUUCCAUCAUGACAAACAAUGCUUUAGAAAGUCCUCCUCUAUUUUUAGUUGAAGAAAGAAUAAAAACCUUUAAGAACUGGCCAUUUAGUGACAAAAAUAAAUGCAAUGUGCGGAACAUGGCUGAAGCUGGUUUUUAUUCCGUAGCGACGGGCGCUGAUGAUGCUGAUGCCGCGAAAUGCUUCCUUUGUGGAAAAGAACUGGAUGGUUGGGAAGCUAGUGAUGACCCUUGGGCGGAGCACAAGAGCCAUGCUAUGAAGUGUGCCUUCGUUCAGCUGGGGAAAAAGGAAGAUGAACUGCUUCUCUCAGAGUUCCUGUCUGUCAUCAAACAGUAUAUGAUUAAUGAAACCAAGCGCAUUGCGGAGGUGGCCAAAGAAAGAGUUGAUGAGAAGGCAAAGGCAGUGCGCAGAAGAUGCCUAGGAAGGAAAUGAGAUUUAUUGUAAUUAUAUUAUGUACUUCUUGAGAUAAAUUGUGGCCAGUGUGAAUACUAGCGGCCUGUAUACUAGGUAUAUUGAUAAUAAUUAUGAUUUAGGAUUAAUUGAUAUACAUGUAUCGACUGAUGUGAAUGUAUUAAUUAAAUGAUUGUUGUGGUAAA